CGGCUACCCGCACGAUGGCUAUUCGCCAGUAUCACUUUCACAUCCAAGCAGCAGUGAAGGUGUACACAGUGCACCAUUGUCAGCGCAACCGUUUGGACGGACAUCAGUCGACCACGGCGACAGCUCUCGAGGAGAUUCCUUUUCUGUGCACUCUCGCGCACCCCUCGCAUCUCGUGCAAACAUGGAGCCUUUACCUACUAUGCCAGGAAUGCCUGUUCCGCACGACUAUUCUCAAGCGACCGGUGCUACAAGGCCGCCGUUUUCCCCAUCCACGACGGGCUUGACGCACCGCCCGAAUAAUUCAAGUAUGGAUUUCUUGUCUGGACUAAGGAAGGAAGCUGAAGGAUUCGAUUCGCGUAAUGCAACGGAGGAGCACCUCCGUUUCGCCCAGGGUGAUUUACCGGACAACAAAUUUACUAGAAUUUACAAUUAUCUCCUCAACGUUUCAAUCGUAACGCGCUGGACGCUAUUCAUUAUUCCGAUCCUAUCUCUCCUAUGGAUCCCCGGCAUUGUCGGUCUCACUCGCUUUCCGGAUGCGACGAUUUGGAACGUAAAGUUGGUCUUCUGGUCGAUUUGGCUUUCGGUCGUCUGGGGAGGAUGGUGGGCUUCUCUGGCCACUGCUCGUUUGCUCCCGCAUGUCGCUCGGAAUACGAUUGGCCUAGUCGCCGUAGCUACGCGGAAGUAUACCGAUUGGGUUGGAGCUCUUACCAGAUACGUGGCACUGUUUGGAUGGACUCUAGCCGUGUGGAUAACCUUCAAUCCCAUAAUUGUGGGAAACCAUGUCGGAAAUGAGACAGAACAAGUCUCAUUUAUUGCGAAUCUACUUUUCGCAUUUUUUCUUUGCGCCAGUUUGCUCUUAUUUGAAAAGUUAUCAAUCCAAUGGAUAGCCUCAAAGUUUCAUGAAAGGUCGUAUGCUGAACGGAUUACGGACCAAAAGCUAGCCGUAAAGAUUCUUGUGACAUUGUAUCAGCAUUCAUCCGAGGUUCCUGGCCGGGCAGAUACACUGAAAGACCGUGAUGCUGCACAGAAGCCGCCGACGGCCGACCCGAGGAAGUUCUUCAAGUUGGCUCUGAAGGGAGUGCGAUCCGCGGCGACUACGACGACAACUGCUCUGGGAAAUGUUGCCUCUGAAAUAGCGGGCAGCUCGGUUUUACAGCCGAACUCUCCGCAGGCGAUGGUACAGACGGCAUUGAGAUCUGCGAAUAAAACGAGACUACUUGCACGUCGAUUGUUCUAUUCAUUCCGACAGCCCGGUUCUGAAUUUCUUGUUAUAACCGACAUUGCGCCGUUCUUCACUUCCUAUGAGACAAGCCAGACCGCGUUUUCCCUGUUCGAUAGGGAUGGCAACGGAGACGCAACUCGGGAAGAAAUUGAGAUGGCUUGCCUUGAUAUUCACCGCGAACAAUUGUCCAUUGAGCAUUCCAUGCGCGACCUUGACUCAGCCGUCGGACGACUUGACAACAUUUUCAUGACGUUAUACGUCUUCGCCGCUGCUCUAAUAAUCGUCGUCGUUCUGGACAGACAAGUUGUUUCGCUUUUGACCGGAGCAGGAGCAUUUAUUCUUGGCUUGAGCUGGUUGAUCGGGAACUCGCUUCAAGAAGUCCUCUCCAGUAUCAUUUUCCUGUUUAUCAAGCAUCCAUAUGAUGUUGGUGAUCGUGUUGUGAUCGCCAAAGAUAAACCGGAGAGCUUCACGGUGAAAGAGAUUAGACUGCUUAGCACGAUCUUCUUGGAUAGCAAUAAUUGCUUGGUCCAAGCACCGAAUUCCGUCUUGACUACUCUCCUUAUUCACAACAUUAGAAGAAGCCCGCAGAUGAGCGAGACUUUUGAGUUUGACGUUGGAUACGACACUACGUUCGAACAGAUUGAACAAUUACGGGCAAAGAUGUUUGCUUUCGUAAAGUCGGAGGCUCGCGAUUUCUUGCCUAGCUUCGACGUUGUAGUCAAGGACUUCCCCGACCAAGCGAAGAUGACCUUGAGUGCGGAUAUUAAGUACAAGUCGAAUUGGCAACAGGGUGCAGUAAAAGUUAAACGACGCAAUAAAUGGAUGUGCGCUCUCAAAACGUCUCUGGCUGAAUUGAAAAUAUUUGGUCCAGACGGCGAUCCGAAUAAAGAGGCGUCGCCCAAGCUGUACACGGAAGUCCCAUGGUCUGAGGUUAAGAAGAGCGACGAAGAAGAGAAAAGGAAACGCGAAUCUGCUAGCGGCAAUCCAGUAAAAUCGGAGUAUGACCUUUCGGACAAGAAUGCAGUAAAUAUCAACGAUGAGGAUGUCUUCGGCGAGGCCGAACAGAUGUACAUGACGAAUCCGAGGCGAGGGCUCACAGAUAGCUCUUCGCAGAGCUCGUCUCGCGUAAUGUCGAGAACCAGCUCGGCUGGACCACCACCAGGUCUAGGCCGUGGCGGAAUUGGUCCACCCCCUCCCAUGCCUUUACCCCGUCCUCCAGAAACGUACGAAAUGACCUAUGCGGGUGACCAGCAUCGCGCACAGGGUGGUCCUCAAGUGUAAUCUUAAGGCAUGGUCUGCGCAUCUAUCUAUCUAUUACAUACAUAAUCUCCACGGAGUUCGUGAUAUGGUUUAUGGCAUUUCAUCUAUCCAUCUACAUCUGCAUCUUUUACAAUUGCAAUUUUUAUACAUCUUGUGUAUUCAGCUGGCUGU